UUCCACCCCCAAAACCCUCCUCCUCUCCGGUGGGCAGCAUCCCAUCCGCCCGCCCGCCGCCGCCAUGCAGCUGACCGAGGAUGGCAAGGAGAUGAAGGCUGUCCAUUCAGCAGAUCAAUCCAGCAUGGCUGAUGGGGUUGCUGAGGAUGUGGGUGAUACAGUAAAGGCUACUGACAAGCAUUUCCAAGAAGAGGAAUUAGGAAAGAUAGCUGGCUGGUAUUGCAAGACACGUUUCCAAAGCACCAAGGACAAGUGCAGUGUUGAAAAAUCUGAAAAAACCAGACGUCGAUGGUCAACAGAGGAAAAUGACAUACUUAUUCAAAUGGUAAACAGAUAUGGACAGAAGAACUGGGAAACUGUUGCGCGCACUAUACCUGGUCGAAAUGUACAACAAUGCAAAGCAAGGUGGAGUUUCACUCUAGACCCUGCAAUAAACAAACAGGCGUGGUCGCAAGAGGAGGAGCUAAAAUUGAUUCGUGCCCAACAAACUUAUGGAAAUAAGUGGCAAAGAAUGGUUGAACAUUUCCCAGGGAGGACAAGUUAUGCAAUCAAAGAACACUGGAGAGGUCCUCUGAAAAGAAAAUUGAAUUCAUAUUUAGCUUCAGGAUUGCUCAAAAAGUUUUCUGGUUUGCCUGAAAAUCUAUUAGUUACACAGAAUAGUGACUCAGAAAUUCUCCAGCAAUGUGAUGGUUCAUUUGGUGAGAAUCAACUGAUAUCAGAUUUACAGGCAAGCUUGAAACCUAAACAAGGAUUACUCAAAAAGUCUCCUGGUCUUCCUAAAAAUCUAUCAGUUUCACAGAAUAGUGACACAGAUAUUCCUCAGGAGUGUGAUGCUUCUUCUGAUGAGAAUCAACUGUUAUCAGAUUUUCGAGCAAGUUUAAAAUCUAGACAAGGAUUGCUCGAAAAGUUUCCUGGUGGAAAUCAAUCAGUUUCACCGGAUAGUCACUCAAAUAUUCUUCAGCGUUGUGAUGGUUCAUCUGAUGAGAAUCAGUUGUUAUCAGAUUUACGAACAAGCUUAAAAUCUAAAGAAGGAUUGCUCAAAAAGUUUCCUGGUCUACCUGAAAAUCUGUCAGUUCCACAGAAUAAUGACUUAGAUGUUGUCCAGCAGUUUGAUGGUUUAUCUGAUGAGAAUCAACUAUUAUCAGAUUUACGAGCAAGGUUAAAAUCUAAACGUGCAACAAGCUCAAAAUCCAAGACAAGCUCAAAAUCUAAACAACGCACAAGCUCAAAAUCUAAACGAGGGUUCAUAGAACUAUGUGAAAAUACUGGUACAUCAGAAGGAGAAAGUUCUCAGUUCCUGUGUAAAAAAAGACAUGAUCCUCAUCCAGUUGAAGUUUCUCAGAGGAUAAGGGAUAGAUUGAAUGAGCGUAAAAAGGCUAGGAAGAGGCUGGCUUUUCUGUCAAGCCCAGUGGAGCUCAAAGUGUGUGCUAUUUCAAAAUCUGAAAGGCCCCUGCAGAAAAGUAAACAAAUGAGUCCAGAAGUCAUCAUUUCUCCAGAAGUUCCAUCAGAAUGUGAAAAGAUAGUCAAAUCGAAACCACCACUGGCUGAUUUUAACCAAGCUAAGAAUAUUUGUUCUUUGGAGAUCUCAGAUCUCCUAGACAUGUCAUACUGUGAUGGUUUGAUGAUCAUUCCUCCUACAGGUUAUUCAAACGAUGAUGACUUCAUGCAAAGUGAAAGCAGAAUGGACAAGUAGCUAGAACCGUGCAGGUAUUACACUUGCAAUCCAUUGUAAAAACAAGAAACCCACCAUGAAACCAACCUGCUGCUUUGCAUCUUUUGAUGAACUUAAGAGUUCUUGUCUAAUUAUCUUUGCAUUAGAUUAAGAACCUAUCUCAAAAACAGCUACCAAUGUUAUGUUAGCACAUGUAUUCCAGGCGUUGCUUUUGUGCCUCCACAGGUACAAUAUAUGAGCAUCUAAUACUGAGUCAAACGUACGUGCA